AUGUUGAGACUUGUGAUGCUAAUGCUAUUUAUACUUCGAAGAUUUUUAAAGCCUAAUCAUGUCAAGACAGAGAUUAAGAAUAAUUGGAGAGUAAGACAAAUAUCUAGUGUAUCAAAAUUAUGCACUUGCUGGGCAAUUGAAGCCAAAGUAUUAAAACUUGCAUUUUCACUUUCUAUAACAACAAAUAGUUAUCAAGAAUUGCAAGAAUUACUUAAAAAAAAAUACAAAAUCUUGUUAGAAGUAAAUCCUCAAUUUAAUACAAGAACAAAUGUGAUAAAUAAUCUUGCAAGGGAUCCAAGUCUUUAUACAAUAUUGUCAGAUUGGUAUAUUACAGAAAAUCUGUCUGCUUAUACAAACAAUCAAAGUAUUGAAAAUAGAAGUGAUAGUGAAGAGGUAUUUCAGUAG